AAGAUGAACAAUGAUACUUCCAUGUUCAUGUUUCUGCUUCUGGAAUUCUCAGAUGUCCAAGAACUACAAACCUUGUACUUUUUCCUAUUCCUUGCAUUUUAUUUAAUGACAAUUACAGGGAAUCUUCUCAUUAUCAUUACAAUUGCCCUUGAUCAUCACCUACACACUCCCAUGUACUUUUUCCUAUUGAUGUUGGCCCUGCUUGACGUUGGAACCAUUUCAGUCAUAGUACCCAAAGCCAUGGCUAUGAUCCUCAUGAACGGCAGAUCAAUUUCCUAUUCUGGAUGUGUAGCUCAAGUUUUCUUGUACACAUUCUUUGCAACUUCAAACCUGAUGCUCUUAACUAUAAUGGCCCAUGAUCGCCAUGUUGCUAUCUGCAAACCACUCCUAUAUGGAAGAAUUAUGCACAAAGAAGCCUGUCUUCAGAUGGUUGCCACUGCAUGUCUUAUUAGUUUUCUCUGUGCCACCUUACACACUGGCGGCACCUUUGCCAUGACCUUCUGCUCCAACAUCAUCCAUCAGUUCUUCUGUGAAAUCCCACGGUUAAUUACACUCUCCUGCUCUGAUAUCUACCUAGUUGAAGUUGGGUUCCUUGUCCUAGGUUCUACUGUAGCACUAGGAUGUUUUACCUUCAUUGUUAUAACAUACAUGCAGAUCUUUGCUGCAGUGCUCAGAAUCCGUUCUGUACAUAGUCAGAAGAAAGCCCUCUCCACUUGUCUGCCCCACCUCACUGUUGUCUCUUUGCUCAUACUGACAGCAGUCUUUGCCUAUGUGAGGCCUCCCACUGGAACCUCUUCCGAUCUGGAUAUAACUUUUGCUAUAAUAUAUGCCAUAACACCUCCUUUAUUGAAUCCUUUUAUCUAUAGCCUGAGAAACAAAGAGAUCAAAUCUGCUUUAUGGAAAAUGUUGUGUUUGGGGAUUUCACUUUCAAACCAUGUUUAG